GGAGUGGUUGUCCCUGGUGCUGAAAAAACUGGCAUGUGCGCGAGGAUUUUACAGCAGCGCCACAUUGCAAGAGCGUGCCAUUGUUAUUAUACCUCAGUGGAGCCGAUCCUGCGACAAACAGAGGACCGUGUCAGCCAAGAACUAUUUCUCAAGACAUAAAAAUGCUGGUGAAAUCAAACAGCGAGUAUGACUCCUUCCUCUACUGGAGACAGCCCAUCUCCGCCCCGGACCUGUCCGAGCUGGAAGACCUGGGUGUGACCAAAAGCAAGCCAACCAAGAAGAGCAAGAAGGCCACCAAGAAACAGAAUGCCGCCCUAGCCAAGCAAAGGAAGCAGCAAGAGGCCGAAUUGUUAGAGUACACCACCUUCAACUACUGGAGAGAGCCUAUCCCCAGCAUCAACCUCCUCGACUUCAACCUGCUUCUGUGAGGACCAUCCCACCUCAGCCUCCCAGUCAUAAGAACCUCCCUCUCCUCACACUCACUUUAUCUGAAUAACCAUGGCGUUUUGUCAAGUUUCUGGCCCACCCAAGAAGAAGUACUGAAUCUGUAUUCGUCUGUACUGUGUUUUUUUGUGUAUAACCUGUUAAUAAUACUGACAGGAUGAGGGGUAGAUGUUUUAGCUUGCAGGUGACUGGCACUGUGAAUGACAGUAUAGGCACGUCUGCUUAGGUUUACUCCACAUGCGGGCUACAUGACUCGUUUGGCUAAUGUCAACGAACAUAACUAGGUAGAAAUGGCAACAAGGUCAGCCUUUAAAUGAAUAUAAAUAGCUCCAUUGCAUACCGACUGCAAGGCUUCUGUCUCACAUUAAGGACUUACACAUUCAUAAUUUGUGAGGUAACUUGAGUAUGCUACAUCAUAUUUUUGAACACUAACAAAUGCAACGUGCUGCCUAAUUUGAACUUAGUGAAAAUGAUUUCCCUUUACCUAAUAUAUCCUCGAAGGGUAGUGCCAACCUGAGCCUUGGGAGUGCUUGCGUGUAGUAUGUAUAAGUAGGAGAACGUGAAACAAAGCACCUCCACACAGAACAGAUAUUGUACAAGCACUUAGGGAGCCACAAACAUGACUGUCUUUUGCGCUUUGUAUUGGUUGCCUUGUGAUUUGUUUCAGACACUGGACUGGCUCAAACCCACCCAAUGCAUUUUAUUUAUUAAGUAUGCUGCUUUCAGGCUGCCCUGAGUAGGCCUCAACUGAGUGCAAUGACUGAGGGCAAAUGUUAGAUUCCACAAUGCAAGUUUUGCAAAUGCAGAGCUGGCCAACUGUUUUCUUUAUUUUCUGCAUAGACUGCUGCACUGUCCUGAUGUUUAUUUUGAAUGUCAAGGAAAGAUUGGAUGGAAAUCUUGAAUGAAAAUAGGGAAAUACAUGUUUUUAAUUGUCAAGACUGAUGUUGCAAGUGUUCCUUGAAAGUACGGUAGCUCUAACUGGAUACUUCUAAUCAUAAAGCUAACUUUUUGUGAGAUUGUACAACGAGCAGUAAAUUCCCAAUUGUGACUCAUCAUACUUUGUCUGGACUUUUCUGAAAUAAAGGAAGAUAUCCUGUGUA